CGUGGUGUCAAGUGGCUGAGAGUUUGUGUUGGUGGUGGUUGGAGUUGGGUUGCUGCGAGGAUAUAACGUCAUGUCGUCUGCUACGGGAUAGUUCACUUGGGGCACGCACGGAAAAUAGAGUGUUGACAGCUUCAGGGGACGUGGUUCAGGCAGCAGUCGUCCGGGAUAAAAUGCUCACCUCCCGGAGAAGCUGCUUCCUAAUGGCGAACAUUGAAGACUCUUCAUAGUAAAGAAAGUGUGAAGGAUCCCAAUCAUGAAAGCAGGCGUCCCGCUGUUGUUGACAGCGGUGCUCCUAUCGUGGACAUCAUGGGCAGAUGGCCAGCAGGCCAUGCGCUCGAAAGAAGUGGACACGCGAGUUCUAUUCGAGCUCCAAGAAGGCAAACCAGCUGGAACGGUGGUGGGAACGAUUCCAACGCGUGCAAACUUUACCUACCGAUUCAACGAUAAUCCGAGGGAGUUUGCUCUGAACGGAACGACUGGUACAAUCACGACGACUGUCGAAAUCGAUCGCGAAAGUUUGUCGAGUGACCGGUUCGACCUGGUGGUGCUGAGCAGUCAACCUACGUAUCCAAUUGAAGUUCGCGUCACGAUUUUAGAUGUGAACGACAAUGCUCCAGUGUUUCCGGAGGCGAGCAUCGCGGUGUCGUUUUCGGAAAGUGCGAAUGUGGGAACGAGAGUGAUCCUCGAUACGGCGACGGACGGCGACGCCGGUGUGAACGAUAUCACGACUGAUUAUAAAAUAGUCAGCGGGAAUGAGGAUAGGAAGUUUCGGCUCGUGGUGACGACGAAUCCCAGCGGCGAAACACCGUACCUUCACAUCGAGACGACCGAGAGACUGGAUAGGGAAUCGAAGGAUUCCUACACGCUCAACAUUUCUGCGCAGGACGGUGGUGAAAUCCCCAAGAUGGGAUUCUUGCAGGUGAAUGUGACCGUGUUGGAUGUGAACGACAACCCUCCCAUCUUCGACCACAGUGAUUAUUUCGUGAGUAUCAACGAGUCUCUUCCAGCAGGUACGAGUGUUCUUCAGGUACGAGCGACUGAUAGUGACAUUGGCGAUAACGCUCGCAUCACCUACUUCCUUAGCGACGCAGAGACUGAAUUCGCAAUAGACCCCCAGCAAGGUGUCAUAACAACAUCAGACACUUUAAGUUGCCGCAAGAACAACCCGACCCCGCAAGAAAGCCCAGGGAAGGGACCCAAAAGUUGCGUGUUUACAGUAUUCGCAAGAGAUCACGGGUCACCGCAACAAAACGGAAGGGCAUAUGUGACUGUGAAUCUGUUAGACGCUAAUGAUCACGAUCCUGUGAUCAGGUUCCGCGUGUUUACAACUCCCGACAGCUACGCUACGGUCGACGAGAAUGCACAGAACGGUUCGGUGGUCGCAGCUGUCAGCGUCAUAGACUAUGACGAAGGUCCAAACGGAGAAACGUUUGUUGAGAUCCGAGGGGGCAAUGAGCAGAACCAUUUUCGGUUGGAGUCGACUCCCAGCUUUGAUAUUGUGCGUGUCAAUGGCGUUCUCGACCGGGAGCAGGUCUCUCGGUACAACCUGACUAUCACGGCGACCGACCGUGGUUCUCCUCCACGAUCUUCAACGGCGUUCUUGAUCAUUCACGUGAACGAUGUCAAUGAUCACGAACCUGUCUUCGAGAAAACGGAGUACUCUGCGCUGUUGUCUGAACUAGCACCCGUUGGAACCUUCGUAGCCAGCAUUCGUGCAACGGAUGAAGAUACAGGUGUGAACGCGCAUAUCUUCUACGCGAUAGCGUCCGGUAACGAUAAGAAGUGGUUCAAAAUCGAUGCCAACACGGGUUUAGUGACAACAGUUCGUCCAUUAGACCGCGAAGAGCAGGACUUUGUGGAGCUGAAGAUAUCCGCGAAAGACGGUGGACCCAACCCCCGAUGGGCCUAUUCCUUCCUCAAGAUACAAAUAUUGGACGACAAUGACGAAGCACCUUCGUUCUCGCAGUCAACCCUGAACGUGUCGCUUUCGGAAAACGCUCAACCCAAAUCGCUCGUGACGGUUGUUUCGGCGUCUGACAACGACCUCGGUAUGAACGGCAGUGUGGUGUACGCCCUGGACCCAGAGGUGGAGCACAUCUACCCGAACAUGUUUGACCUUGACAGCGUGCACGGCAGACUAAUGACAAAGGUUGAACUUGACAGAGAAGAACGCGGUUCUUACACAAUCAAAGUCGUUGCCAGAGAUCAAGGACAACCGACAUUGUCGUCGACGGUCACGAUUCAACUGACCAUCUUGGACGUCAACGACCAUAAACCUGAACUCUACCCCAAACAAUACUUCGUGCACCUCGAAGACGGUUCUCCGCCCGCAAGUUACGUUGCUACUGUCACGGCCACUGACAAAGACGAAGGAAGGAACGCUGCGAUCUCGUACAACAUUGUCAGUGGGUCCGAAGGAAAGUUUGAGAUCAACGAGACGACCGGAGUGUUGCUGACUUCGGCGAAUCUAAUACUCGCCCAUCAGGCGCGAUACGAAAUUGUCGUGUCUGCCACAAACCCGGGCGACAAGGAGUCCCUGAACCAGCAAACUGCUCUCGUCGUCGUAUUCGUUCGGGACCCAACGAAGGUGAUCCCUCUGCAAUUUGUGCAACGAGACGGCUACCAGUUCGUGACUGACGAGAAUGCAUCGGUUGGACGAGAGAUAGGCCGGGCAGCCCUGGUGCGGUCAGGUCAUGUAGACAGAGCACGGUUUUCGAUCAUCGGAGGGGACCCCCUGGGCUGGUUUAGGAUCGACCCCCUGACGGGAGUCGUCGUGACGACUGCGCCGAUCGACCGCGAAAAGAGGGACCGACUCACACUGGACGUUGUGGCCAACACCCUCGCGUACUUUGUCAGGACCAGUGUCACCGUGACAGUGACGGAUCUGAAUGACAACGCGCCGGAAUUCAAGACACCGUUUCAGCGUAUCUCCCUUCCAGAAGGGUGGCCCAUUGGGUUAGAACUCUACGCGGCAGAAGCGACCGAUAAGGACGACGGGAUUAACAGCAGGAUCGAGUACAGGUUGGUGUCGAACCCCGAAGAAAUAUUUGCGGUGGAUAAAGAUACUGGAAUGCUGAAGUUACAGAAGCCGGUACGAUCACAGGCCGGGAGGGAGUUUGAACUCGAAAUUACGGCUACGGAUUUGGGAAGUCCUCCCUUGUCGUCGCGCCAGCAGAUUGUUGUCAUUGUCGAAGAUGAGAACGACCACACACCAAUGUUUGACAGGGUCUCCUACGAGACUUCAAUCCUAGAGUUAACACCCGUCAACGACCGCUUUUUCUCCCUUCUGGCGUCCGACUCCGAUUCUGGCGAAAACGGCCGCGUGCUUUACGAUAUCGUCGAGGGCAACGACGAUGGAAAAUUCGGCAUAUUCCCCGACGGCACGAUGUACGUGAGAAACCCGCUGGACCGUGAAUCCCGCGACUUUUAUUCCCUCACUGUCACCGCUCGCGACAACGGCACGAAGCCCCGCUCUUCGGCCGUCUCCGUCGUCGUACACGUGGUAGACGAGAAUGACAACAGUCCAAGGUUCGACAAUGCUACCUUCACGUUCUACAUCGCCGAGAACGAACCUCCAGAUUCGUACGUUGGGAAACUGUCAGCUGAGGACAAUGAUAGAGGAAGGAACGCUGAACUGACUUACUCCAUCAGCAGUAAUCAGAACGACUUUGCCGUGGAUCCCAAAACUGGUUUUCUUCGGACGCUCCACUUCUUCGACCGAGAAAAGCUGGUCGAAGUGUCCGGUCAUGACUACGUUGUAUUGGAAGCCGUGGUCCUCGAUGGCGGAAUAACGCGGUUACGAGGAGAAGCCAAGGUUAUUGUACACGUGACGGACGUCAACGACAGCGCUCCGAAGUUUCUUCGCGCUUCGUACAAAACAACCGUGUCCGAAGCCGCCCCUCAAAGGACUCAUGUCGUCCGAAUCAGCGCAACUGAUGCUGAUGAUGGGCCUAACGGGAAUGUUAUCUACGCGAUUGUCGCGGGAAACGUCGACGAUUCGUUCGUCAUCGAUGAAUCGACGGGGCAGAUCAGCCUUUUGAAAUCUUUGGACAGAGAAAAGACGUCGAGUUACGAGUUGACCGUUCUAGCCAGGGAUACUGGGGUUGAUGUCAAGCACACUUCGACGGCAACGGUCAACAUUCAGGUGCUGGACGAAAACGAUAACGCACCAGAGUUCUUGGUGAGGUUACAGAAAGUUGAAAUUCCAGAGACAACGCAAGUCGGCUACGAAAUUCAUCGCUUCGUCGCUACAGAUAGAGACCUUGGACUAAACGGAGAAGUUUCCUUUGCUAUCGCGUCUGGAAACAUCAAGGAAACAUUUAAGAUCGACAGCGUAUCAGGCGUACUCUUCCUGGACCGCCCCUUAGACUAUGAGCAACAAAGUAGUUAUCUUCUUAACAUCACAGCUAGCGAUGGUGGCUCUCCUCGUCAACUGAGAACGCUGCCAUUCGUCAUCAAGGUUCUGGACGUUAAUGACAACCCACCGCAAUUCGCCAACGUCGCCAUCGUCCGCCAAGUGGAGGAAGGCAUUCCCAUGAACACCCCUGUCGUUACCGUGACUGCCGUGGAUAAAGAUUCUAAACUAAACGGCAAGGUUGUCUACACCAUCACCAAUCAAGAACCUCCCGGAUCCCACUUUGCUGUUCGUCCUGAAACCGGUGUCAUCUACACGGCUGCAAAUAUCGACCGCGAGUUCAGUGACACCUUCCGCCUGACAGUGACAGCAACGGAUCAAGGUUUCCCAAAACUAUCAUCCGAAAAGACGGUGACAAUAAUCGUUGAGGACAUUAACGAUAACGCUCCAGAGUUUGUAUCCGUUGACGCUGGUGUUCUCCCAGAAGAUUCGGAGAAAGGAUACAUCGUUAUGUCUCUCUCAGCUGCUGAUGCCGACGCCAACACAAACGGCCUGGUCACCUAUGACCUUUUAGAAGGAGACACAAGUCUCUUUAGUCUCGAUCGAAACACGGGUGACUUGUACCUCAGUCGCCAGGUUGGGCGACCCGCUGUGACAUACUCUUUGACGGUUCAAGCCAUUGACGAAGCUGUGUUAUCGCACCGCAAGUCCUCCAGGACAGUGCUGACAGUCCUGGGGUCUUCGAAGAGAACACAGGGGGUGCCAGUAUUCUCGGCUUCGGAAUACUCUGGUGCAGUGUACGAGAACGAGCCAGCGAGUACAAGUGUGCUUACUGUGCGUGCCCAGUCGGACGCCGAGGCCCAGUUGGAGUAUUACCUGACGGCAGUGCGUGCCGAUGGUGCGGCGGUGGGACAACGUUUCGCAAUCCAUCGAGAGACGGGUGUCGUGUCGACGGCAGCUGUCCUGGAUAGGGAGAUUGACAGCGACGUCUACGAACUGGAGGUGCACGUCAUCGACACCAAGGCGACGUCACCGCGAACAGCAAAAACCAAGGUGACGGUUACUGUCCUGGACCGCAACGACAGUCCUCCUCGCUUUCUGAACACGCCCUUCCUCAUCUCCAUGUCUGAAGACACCCCGACGGGUGCUACGGUUACUACCAUUCGUGCUGAAGACCCUGAUCUGGAAGGUGGCGUCAAGUUCAGCCUAGCUGCUGAAGAGUCGCGGUUCCAGAUUGAUCCUCAACGUGGUGUCAUCGUGCUCAUGGAACCUCUUGACAGGGAGACCAAAGCGCAACACAAAUUCACGGUGACAGCCACAGAUGGCAUUCAGGCUGCUGAAGCUCCCAUUACCAUUGAUGUGAUCGACACUAACGACAACCUACCAGUAUUCAGUGAGCAAGUUUAUUCCUUCGACCUGUGGGAAGACACCCAGCGUGGGGCGCAAGUCGGCGUCGUAUCGGCGAAGGACGCGGACUUGGGCCUCAACCGUCAGGUCUCCUACUCAGUGCUUAGUGAUUGGGCCAACGAUGUGUUCUCGUUGAAUCCACAGACGGGUGUCUUCACGUUAACGUCCCAUCUGGACUACGAACAAUACCAGCAUUACGUAUUCGUGGUACAAGCACAAGACUCGGGAACCCCAAGUCUUUCAAGCACUGUCACCGUCUACAUCAACGUCUUGGACCUGAACGAUAACGCUCCUCUGUUCGACCCAAUGAGCUACAGCGACGAAGUCUUCGAAAAUGUCACUAUCGGUUCGAGCAUCGUACGCGUAAGCGCAACAGAUUUGGACUCUGGUGACAACGGCAGAAUCAUCUACAAAAUCGUGGAAGGGGAUGCUGACCAGCAGUUCGCCAUCUCCGCCAACGGAACUAUCUUCACAACCAAGUCUCUGGAUCGUGAAACAAAAUCCUUCUACAGCCUUGUUGUGAGCGCUACAGACCAAGCGGCCAUAGUAGACCAGCGUCUUUCCAGCACUGUUCAAGUGACCAUAAUACUCAAAGACGUCAAUGACAUGUCACCGGAAUUCGUCACUCCAAACGUCACUUCUGUUCAGGAGAACGUACCAAUGAACACUAUUGUCAUGGCCGUGAAAGCAGUGGACAGGGACGAAGGUCGUAACAGUUACAUCGAGUACAGCCUAGCACCCAAAGCCGACAACAAGUUCGUCUUAGGGCCCGUGGAUGGGCUGCUUCGAGUGAAGGGUAUUUUGGACCGUGAAGUGAAGUCGGGCUACGAGGUCCGUGUUAUCGCAAAGGACAGAGGUUAUCCUACGCGCUCAGCGUCCGUGGACAUUGUAGUAAACGUCUUGGACGAAAACGACAACAGUCCUGUGUUCGAUCCACGCCAGUAUAGUGCGUCUGUGUCGGAAAACGCCAGUAUCGGGCUUAGCGUGCUGCAGAUCUCGGCGACUGACCAGGAUGAGGGUUCAUCCGGACAAGUGAGAUAUUCGAUCAUCGCCGGUGAUCCGAAUCACGACUUCGUUAUCGGUGAGGAUACCGGGAUUGUGCGUGUACGAAAGAACCUGGAUUACGAGCGAAAGAAUCGUUACGUUGUGACCGUUCAAGCGGAGGACUCCGGGAACGAUGUGAGGUACGAUACGGCCACCGUGACCAUCACGCUUACGGACGUGAACGAUAAUGCACCGGUGUUUCUGGAUUCCCCGUACGAAGUGAACGUGGUGGAGAACUCGGACCGCGUCCCCGCGGCGAUUGUGACCAUGAGUGCGUACGACGCCGAUCUCUUGCCGAGAGGCAACCUUCACUAUCUUAUCAAGGAUGGUGAUAAGUCGGCGUUCCGUAUCAACGCUACGAGUGGGCAACUGUCUGUGAUCAAAGCGCUGGAUAGAGAGAAGCAGUCGGAAUACGUGCUCACUAUCUUGGCUAUGGAUUCUGGGACACCAAGACAAACAGGCUCUGGCACCGUGUCUGUGACUGUGAGUGACGUCAACGAUAACUCUCCGAGAUUCGACCGUGCGCGUUAUGUCACUUCAGUUCCGGAGAACCAGCCUCCCAACUAUCCCGUCGUACAGAUUGCGGCCACGGAUGCUGACACCGGCAACAAUGGGCUUGUAAAGUAUUCUAUGAAGGGUGACCACGAGGGUCGCUUUGCCGUUGAUUCUUGGACAGGAGCCAUUGUAUCUAAGACCGUCCUGGACCGCGAGGAACGAGCUCGCUACGACGUCAUCCUUGUCGCUGAAGACUGCGGCUUGACCACGCGGCAUUCGACUUCGGCAGAAGUCACAAUCAUUGUGGAAGAUCAGAAUGACAACGAGCCGCGCUUCGCAGGACAGAACUACACUGUCAUCGUGCCUGAUGGGGCCCAAGGCGGUCACUUCGUCUUCGGGGCCCACGCACAUGAUCCCGAUGUUGGCAUCAACAGCCAAGUUGUCUAUCACCUGUCUGGAUCAGAUGCAGACAAGUUCCAAAUCAACCAGGACACGGGCGUCAUACGAUUGGUGCACAAGCUUGCAAAGCGUGCUGGAUACCACCUGGAAGUUCAUGCGAUGGACAACGGCAGGGUGCCACUCUCUUCUAGUGCCCACCUCGAAGUCUUGACGGCACCUUCGCAUUUGUUCCCGCAGUACAAGCCUGGUUCCAGAAGCUUUACCGUAGAAGAGGACACUACGAAUGAUGGGAGGGUUUUCGCAACCGUAUUGGCUGUCUCGCCUAAGCCGGGUUCUGCUGGGAGGAUCUCCUACCACAUCGCAGGGGGCAACGUAGGAGGUGUGUUCACUGUGGACAGCGCCACGGGAAAAGUAACCGUAGCCGCAGAUAACGAAGGGCUCGAUUUUGAGACAUCACCAAGGUUCGAGCUCUGGAUCGAAGCAAGGGACAGCGACGAUCCACCUUACAGUAGCGUCCUGAAACUCAACGUGGAAGUGACUGAUGCUAACGACAACGCUCCCGUCUUCGAGUAUGACAUUUACAACGCUUCAAUCAGAGAAGAACAGUACCCACCUCAAAUGGUUAUCACUGUUAAAGCCGCUGACGCUGAUAGCGGCCCCAACAGUGAAAUGACCUACCAGUUUAAAGCGAGCACACCCACAGACAUCCCCUUCUCUUUGGACUCGAAAACAGGAGAAAUCCGGACAACCGCGAAGCUGGACCGCGAAGAGGUCGAUGAGUAUCGGCUUGUGGUUGAAGCCGUUGACCAUGGUUCCCCGGCUAAGACUGGAACGACGACCAUAUUUGUCUCCGUGGCCGACAAGAACGAUAAUCCGCCCAGAUUCACGAGGCUAUUCAGUGUGAACGUCACCGAAAACGCACCACUCGGAUCCUUCGUGAUUCAAGUGACGUCUUCAGACCGUGAUGCAGAUGUCAAUGCUAACGCAACAUACAGCUUCACUGAAAAUCCAGGGGAAAAGUUCGAGAUUGACCCGCUUUCGGGCAACGUCACCGUCGUCGGACUCAUUGACCGGGAGACAAGAGACGAGUACCUUCUCAAAGUGGCCGCUGUCGACGGCUCCUGGAAGGCGGAGACGCCGUUAACUAUAUCAGUGCAGGACGUCAACGAUAAUCCUCCUAGCUUCACGAUGUCUAAGUAUGUCUUCAGCAUACCAGAACUGCGGCAACCGGUUUCGUUCGUAGGAAGGGUAUCGGCUACUGACAUGGACAAGCAGGGCCCGAACUCAAUGGUCUCCUUCACUCUAAAGAGACCAUCGGAUUUCUUCAGGAUAGACCCAGGAACGGGAGAAAUUCUCACAAAACAGGUUUUGCAUUACAAGAGAUCUCCACGCGGCGAUUCUUCUCCCGAAAACCAGCAUGCGCUGAAGAUUAUCGCAAUGGAUCAUGGAAAGCCUCCGUUGUCUUCUGAAGUUACAGUUCACGUCAAUAUCGUCGACUCCAACAACAACGCACCUGUCUUCACCAAGGUGGCCUACUUCUCCCCUCUUCCUGACAACUCUGGCGUGGGUUUAUCAGUCGUGCAGGUACAUGCUCAAGACACGCUGGAUGCUGGUGUGAAUGCUGAGGUGCGUUACAGCGUCACAGCAGGCAAUGGAAGCGACACCUUUGCUGUUCAUACGACAAGCGGAUGGGUCACUGUCUCCAAGCCAUUUCACGGACAAAUCGGACAAAUAUAUACCAUCAAGGUUCGAGCUACGGACAUGGGAGUGCCGUCCAAAUAUGCUGAAACCACAGUUACUGUCACUGUAACCGCCGACAAUAAGUACAGUCCGGUGUUCACCGCCCUCAGUUAUCAGAUCAUCAUCCCUGAGAAUGAGCCUGUUCAGUCUGAAAUCUUGACAGUGACUGCGACGGACGCUGAUUCAGGUCUGAACGGCGAAGUCACAUAUGGCAUCGCAGAUGGAAAUAUCAACAACAGCUUCAGUAUUGACAGUGAUAACGGCGCUAUCACCAUCAUCAACCCAUUGGACUUCGAAACUACAAACCAGUACAGGGUGAACAUCACGGCUUGCGAUCGUGCUUUCCACCCGAAAUGCGCCUCUGCCAAGCUGAUAGUCAUUAUUACUGACGUCAACGAUUGCGCACCUGUCUUCAAUGCUACCUCAUUCGAAGCUUACAUCCCUGAAAAUGAGUCUCCGGGGACAUACAUCACUCAGCUCGUUGCCACAGACGCUGACUCACCUAGAAACCGUCUCAUUCAGUAUUCCCUGGUUGGACCCAGCUCGAGGGACUUCACUAUCGACAGCCAGACUGGUGUUGUGAGAUCGAAGAACGCGUUUGACUACGAGCACCGAAAUUAUUACUCCCUCGAAGUUGUUGUAAGCAACCCAGGAUCCUUGCAGUACAGUUCAGCGAAACUCAACGUUCAUAUCACCGGCAAGAAUGAGUUCUACCCGAAGUUUGUGCAACCUGUCUUCCAGUUCACAGUCAGUGAGUCCACAGCACUAGGAACACCCAUUGGACAGGUCAUGGCCGCCGAUGAGGACAGUGGACCAGAAGGCGACGUUUACUUUUUAUUUGUCGGCAGCAGCAACGACAAAGGCUUUCGUAUUCAACCGAAUACUGGAAUCAUCACGGUGGCCAGACACCUUGAUAGGGAGUCACAGGCAAGGGUGGUCCUUGCAGUGAUGGCUAAGAACAGCGGCAGUAUUCGUGGCAAUGACACUGACGAGGCGCAAGUUGUGAUCGGUAUUCAAGACGGCAAUGAUCCUCCUGUUUUCCUGGACCAAGUCUAUGAAGCUCACGUUAGCGAAGCUGCUCCCGUGGGUUCUUCAAUCAUCGUUGUGUCUGCUGUAGACAAAGACGUCAGGCCGAACAACAAUCAGUUCUCUUACUCGAUCAUAGAUGGAAAUAUCGGGAAGGUUUUUACAAUCGAUUCCCAAACAGGACUCGUUCACACAGCCGGCGAACUUGACAGAGAACAAAUCUCCGGCUACAACCUGACGAUCGGUGCCAUUGAUAACGGCAGUCCUCCGCAGACAGGAACAGCUAUGCUUCGAGUGUUUAUUGAUGAUGUAAACGACAACGGCCCUAUCUUCGACCCCCCGGAAGUCGUUGGCUAUGUCUCUGAAAACGAACCUCCGUAUACGAGCGUUAUGGUGCUGAGCGCUCAAGACAGAGACUUACCACCCAAUGGUGGACCCUUCACAUACUACCUUGUUGGAGGGCACCGAAACGAGUUUCAAGUUGAUAAGCAGACUGGUCUGCUCAGGACCACUCGGAGUCUGGAUCGUGAGGCUACUCCAACACUUGACGUUAUAGUUGAAGUACAAGAUGGUGGUGUACCUGCGAUGAAAGCAAGGCACACUGUUACCGUAGUCGUCAAGGACAAGAACGAUUCGCCUUCUUCGCCGAGGUCAUUGACGGUCCUGGUGUGGGUGUACGAGCACGUCUUUUCCGGUGGAAAAAUUGCUGAUGUUCGGCCGCUCGACCCAGACACCACCGGCGAGUAUCAAUGCCACCUCGAAGCAGGAGAUUCUUCCGUCUUCAGCAUUAUCAGAAACUGUGACCUUCACGCCUCUCGCCUGCAAAAUCCAAGAAACUACAGUUUGACAAUGAGAGGCAACGAUGGGUACCAUCAAGAUGUCAUGUCUAACAUCAUGAUCGAGUUUAGAGCGUUCGAUAAUACUACGGUAGAGAACAGCGUGACGCUGCGCAUCGUUAACCAGACGGCCAGUGACUUCUUGACUUCGCACUACGACCACUUCCUCAAGGUUUUGGCGAAAGUUCUCAAGACCAUCGGAGAACCUGUCAUAUACAGCAUCACUGAUAUGAACGGGCAAGUCCAGCUCACUCUUACUGUGAGGAAGCCUGGAGGCUAUGCCACUCCCACUGAAGUGACUGCCUGGUUGAACAAGAAGAAGGACAUUCUGCAAGGCAUGCUUUCUAAAGAAGUCCUCAUAGGCUAUGACCCAUGUACCUCCGAGCCUUGCAAGAAUGGAGGAAAGUGUGGCAGUUUUCUGGACCUUCAAGACUCUCUAUCCAUCCUCGACUCGCCGUUCCUCGUGUUUACGUCGCCCACUGUCAUUCGAUCGUUCUCCUGCGAGUGCCCAGACGGCUUCUCUGGUGUACACUGCCAAGACCAGCGGGAUCCAUGUUCGCCGAACCCUUGUGCCGGAAGCGGAACGUGCCAGCUUGAUGGGAAUGGCUUCCAGUGCCACUGUCCUUCUCAUCUUCAAGGGGAACGAUGUGAAGCCCCUCGUGCCGAUACCUGCGCAAGCUCUCCUUGCAAGAAUGGUGGAAGCUGCAAAGACGCCCCUACUGGAUCUUUCUUCUGCUUAUGCAGACCUGGCUUCAAGGGAUCUCUUUGCGAACAGACAACGGACAGUUGCAGACCAAACCGCUGUCUGAAUGGAGGGACGUGUGUAAAUGAGAAACCUGGCUACCACUGUGUCUGUGAGCCCAACUACUUCGGCCGCCACUGCGAGAAAUCUACCUAUGGUUUUCACCCGUAUUCUUACAUGGCAUUCCCAUCCUUGAGGCCCACAACUAACGACAUAUCUGUCAUCUUCUCUACGAACCGAAAGAACGCCUUGUUAGUGUACAAUUUCGGAAUGCACAAUGGCGGACGGUCGGACUUCGUCGCACUGGAAAUUAUAGAAGGAAAGCCUCAGUUCUCAUUUGGUGGAUCCCGCACAGCAAUCUCGAAGGUGUCCCUGAACACUGACGUAGCCGAUGGUGGAUGGCAUAAAGUUACCGUGAUUAGGAAUGGAAGAGUGGCUUCGCUCUCAGCUGUGGGAUGUCAGAAUCAUGGAGAGUACUGCGAGGAAUGUUCCCAUGCCAACUUGAACUGUUCCGUUUCUGUCACUGGACAAACAGGUACUCUCAGCUUCAGCAACAACCACCUGUACAUCGGUGGUGUCCCAUCCAUCGACCCUUUACUAGAGCGCCCCAGUCAAGUAGCCUUUGAUGACUUCGUCGGCUGCGUACACAGUGUGGCUGUAAACGGACAGUUGUUGGACUUGGAUGCACCCCUUCAGUCACAACACACAACUUCAAACUGUGGUAGGAAGGGAGACCUGUGUUCCACACCCUCCAGCAAGGCUUGCGGAGAAAGUGGGACCUGCCAUGACCUCUGGUUUUCAGCAACGUGUAUGUGCGCCGGAGGAGCAGUGGCCGAGGAAUGUAACGAAGCUGUUGAACCGUAUUCGUUGGCCAGUGGGUCGUACUUGGAACUGGUGCCACGAGAAAAGCACAGAAGGGGUGCGCUCUACCAGGGAACUGCUGCUCGCCAGCGCCUGAAACGGUCUAUUGAAGAAGACGCCAUACCACCCAGGAAAAGUUUCUCUGUUAGAGUGCGGACGAAAGUGGAAAACGGUCUCUUGAUGUACGCGGCGACUGAGUACGACUACACAUCUCUCCAGCUGACGGAAGGAUACAUCACCUAUACUUCACAAAUGAAAAACCAUGAUCCCGUCACACUGGUCUCAAGAAAGGUCUCUGAUGGGCGUUGGCACACCAUAACCCUGUGGAAGAACCUGGAUAACAAUAAUUUGAUCACGUUGUCGGUUGAUGACCUCUCUGAAGAAAUUAGAGCAGAGAAGGCAGUGCACGACUUCCUUGACCCAUUCCUGACAUCGCUGGCGAUUGGUGGACACUGGGAGCAGAACUCAGUUGCGCACGACUCUGUUCGAGAUUUCCAGGGCUGCCUUCAGCAAGUCAUCAUAAACGGCGAGAUACAGUCCCCGAAUGCCAGUCAUGGAUUCUUUAAGGUGAUCCCACACGGGGUCGUACUUCGGAGCUGCAGCGAGGAAGCGAUGGGAUUGGACGUUGCUCCCACCGACCCUCUCAGUGUCGGCAUCAUUUUAGUGAUUGUGUUCUUCGUGAUUCUCAUCGUUGUGAUACUGGUGAGCUUCGUCGUGUUCCGCCGGUGCAAGCUACGCCGCGAUAAGUCUGCACCCAGCCACAAACAAAACGGCAAUGCAUUUCUUACCAACCUGGGUCCAGAGUCGGGAAACACACGGGCUGGCUUGCACCAGGAUGCCAACUCAAAUUUUGCCGACAACCCCAAUGUCAACACGACCGGUAACAUACACGAAGACAUCCUAAGAAGCCACCACUUAGGGCAAGACCUCGUCCCGAAGAAAAUGAAAGAUCGUAGCGAUGUCAUGAGAGAGGAACGCCCUCAACAACGUCCAGACAUAAUCGAGAGAGAAGUAAUGAACACUUCUCCCGCUGUGAUUCCACCGCGCGUUGAAGACCACCCACCUGCAAUCGAGAAGCCACCGUACAACCCUGUGCCAUCAUGUCCGCCACAAGAACCAGAAAUGCCAGAACACUACGACCUAGAGAACGCCAGCAGCAUCGCACCUUCGGACAUCGAUAUUGUCUACCACUACAAAGUAUUUCGCGACGGCAAUACUCACAACCUGCGCAAAUUCAAGGCGAAUCCUCACAUGCCGAAUCAUCACAAGCAUCAUCACCGGCACAGUCCUCACCAGUUCCAGCCAAGCCCCAUCAGGGAGAGCCCGCGUAACGUCCUGAGACAAAGUCCAAGCCACGUCGUUCCUAGGGAGAGUCCUUCAGCGCUCAAGAUGCAAAAUACACCUCUGGCAAGGUUGAGCCCCUCCAGUGAACUUUCCAGGCAAACUCCUCGAAUCUUGACACUGCAAGACAUAAGUGGUAAACCUCUUCAGACUGCACUACUCGCAACAUCUCACACUGGUGUUGGCUCCAAGGACUACAAAGAUCCUCUGACCAACUCGGAACGGAGUCUCAACAGUCCGGUUAGCCAUCUAAGCCGCAGCACUAGUAGUAUGCAAUCCGGUCCUCCUCAGGCCACUAAGCUAAAGAAGAAGAAGCCUGGAGAGUUAUCCCUUGGGUUGACUGCUGAAGAGAUCGACCGCCUCAACGCGCGUCCAAGAAACUCGAGCUUGGUAAGCACGCUUGACGCUGUCUCGUCCUCCAGUGAGGACAAUACAGAGAAGAAUAAGUUAUCUAAUCUCCUUGAAAGCAACACACAGAUAAUGGACGCUCACGAGUCUUCUACCGACGAGAGUGGAAAUGAUUCCUUUACUUGCUCCGAGUUCGAGUAUGAUAACAACUACGACAAAGGGCACCGGGACUUCGGUCCGGGAAACAUGAUCUUCUCGAAGUUGGCCGAAGAAGUAAACGAGAACGACGAAGACUCAUCAAAGACUUACGACGGCUUCGAUUCGUUUCGCGGCUCGCUAAGUACACUCGUGGCAUCGGACGAUGAUAUAUCGCAUUUGCCUUACAAGCCACCCAAUGGUGCGAACAUGUUGGGUUGGGACUGCUUAUUAAACUGGGGGCCUAACUUUGAAAAUUUGGUGGGAGUCUUCAAGGACAUAGCCGAACUUCCAGAUACUGUGAACCCAUUAACUCCAAGUCAUUCCAAGCCAAGUGAGGAGUAUGUGUGAGUGGUGUUGAUCAUCUCUGUACAUACCCAUAUACAUAGUGUAGAAAAAUGUCUAGUACUUCAAAGAUGCCUGUAAAUAGAGUGUGUGUUAGUGGGAAUGUUUGGGACUUACUGUGUGCAUAGAUUUUUUUUUUUUUUUUUUUUUUUUUGCUAGCUUCUUCAGAGGGAAGAUUUCUUCUGAGUUUAGCUGAAGACCUAGUCAGAGUAAAGUUUUCGGGUCACAUGAAAUAAGAAAUUUCCACAGAAGUUGUGUAUUUCAUGUCUACAUGUGUUGAAUGUGUGAGUGGAAACCACGUUCCUGUUAAAAGUGACACAGUGUGCAUUGAGAUACGUAAAAACAGGAAUGUGUGUACUCAGAGGAAUAAUGUGUUGUGCUGUGCCUUAUGCUCCGUUUUUGGCAUGCUGAUUUAUUUUGUCCCCUAUUGGACAGUUCACUUGCCUUUUUUUUUUUCCCUUCACUUGCCAUACACUCGUCAUUCCCAGUUCGCUCUGCAAGCACACUGCAGAUAUCACCUAUAACUAACAUGCAUUCCUAAAAUACUUCAUGAACGUGAGAACAAGGAUAUCAGAUGAGAAGUUAAAAAAAAAUCCUUCAGCUAUCUACUUUCAGGGAUUGCACAUAUAAAUCAUAAACACGAAAAACAAAUUCUCGUAUUGCUCCAUGUCUCGGUCAUAUCUUCUGAUGUCUUAUCUCCAUGAUCAUACAUGUACAUUCCCGUGUUUUAACAGAACUCAAGUGUCUAGUCCAUUGUGCAUUUUUCCUCACCGAGAACCGUCCUUUGCUGGUUUUCCUGUACUGGCAUGCUAUUUAUACUGGCUGCCAAAGCAUUGUCUCUUGAAUAACACUGCUUGUGUAGAAUAUCCAAGAACUGUCUACCACUGUGACGCUCUCACCGUUCGCCAAGAAAUGUGCUGCACAAAUGCCUGAAAUGUGCCAUGAUCAUCUCUUUUUCUUGUGCUUCCAAGAAACAGGAGCACCAAGCUUAAAGCAAUAAACUACUUUCGGUUAUUUA